UUUAAGGCCCAUUUAGAAAUUUACCCACUUGAGUUUCUACUUUCUUCUCGGUCGCGAACUUCUCCAUCUUCUCUGUGGCGAAUAUCUUUUUCUCCGGCGAUCGAUUUGAAGUUCCCCCCUGCAGAUCUUAUUUCCAGCUAUACCAAGCAUGAUCUGUCUUUUAUACUUUAUAGUUUGAACUGCUGAAGGAUGGGCCGCAAAGCCGGUACCUUAUUCAUAAACCCAAAGAACUUCGGAAGUCUCCAAAAACCUUGCGUGAAGGAUAUGGUCACAUUUCUUAAUUGUUUGACUCUAAAUCAUAACAAGGACGAUAAAUGCAGCAGGCAAAAAUCACUUUUAAGUGCAUGCAUGGAGGCUCAGGGCAAAAACAGAAAACCUUGGGGUAGCAUUAAUUAUCACCUCCAGAGGCUUAACAGGGGAAGAAGGUAGUAUGUAUCAAAUUGCUUGUGCAUAAGCUAACAGUGUUGUGCAUUGGUGUGUCAUUUAGCAGGCAUUUGAACUUAAUAAAAAGCCUUACCAUGUCAUAGCUUUAAAGAGCUGGCUAUGACUAUGUUCCAAAACUUCUCCUUCUUUCUGGGGAAGUUUCAGUGAGUUGCUUCUGAUGAACCAUCAAAUAGUGUUUGCAGGAUGACUUUUUCGUUUUUACUAUGAAUAAAUAUUCACUCAUUUGGUUUUGCUGUAUUACGAACAGUUAACAUGUUCAUUGUCAUCAGUCAGCUAUAAACUAUGUUGCAAAAUGGAGGAUUCUGGGAACGUGAGCUCUAA